AUGUGGGUAGAGGCGUACCAUGCAGCCUGCGCAGAAGUGUCGGCGGAUGUGCGGGAGGACGUCAGCAGCAGCGGCACAACUGGAGAGCUGAUUGUGCGCGGAAAUACCUUUGGCAACUUCAAGAACCGCGUGACUGACACCGAUGUACAGGCGAUACUGGCUGCGCUCCGUGUAUGCCCUGGUAUGUCUGCGCUGUAUCUCCCUUACAACAACAUCACCAGCGAGGGCGGUGUGCUGCUCGGCAAGGCGCUCGGACAUCAGCUUGAUAGCAUUAUCACACUCGACGUGCAGUACAACUCACUGGAGGCGGAGGCGGGUGUGGCGAUAGCACAAGGGCUGCAGCGGAACGACUCGCUCUGCCAUCUGACGCUCGCCGGCAACCCACUUGGUGGCAGCUGCGGUGCGGCCCUCGGCGAGGCGCUGCGGCAGAACAUGAACCUCGCGGUGCUGGAUCUCUUCAACACCGACCUGAGCAUGGAGGCGCUCGUGCACAUCUGCCGCUCCUUGGAGGUGAACAAGGGACUCUCCUCCCUCAACAUCGGGCGACCACUGCUGCACGGAGUUGACGAGCUGGAGAGCGUCGUGAAUCAUCUCUCCGUUGCUCUUCAGCGCAACUCCACACUGGAGGAGCUGCACAUGGCGUACUUUGGCCUCGUCGAUGACUGCCUGCAGACCUUGGUUCUGGCGCUCUGCGGAUCGGCAGUCACGACCCUCUGCAUCAAGGGCAACAAGCUGUCGCAGGACGCCGGCCAGCUGCUGGCGCGUCUUCUGGACCGCCGGCACGACUUCCGAAAUCUCGAUGUCAGUUGCAACCGUCUGCGCGACGCCGGUGCAGAGGCUCUAGCGAAAGGCGUGGCGCACCACCCUCAACUGGAGUCUCUGGGUCUUGAGAGCUGCACGAUCAGUGAGCGUGGCCUUGUGGUGCUCGUUGAAAGCUUUAAGAGCUGCGCGACUGUGCGUCGUCUAACCCUCUGGGGCAAUGAUGUGACGCCGACGGUGGCUUCCGCGCUCACUACAACCUUUUGCGACCUGUGCGAGCUUGAUCACAUUGACGUCGGCGUUGUGGAGCAGGACGGGCAACUGGUGGCCUACCGUGCCUGA